UUCCCUUUUUCAGUUUUAUCUCCAUCUCAAGAAACAUCGAGAGCCAAAGUAAAACAAGCACCUCUUCAUCCACCAAAUAGUAUGACUGAGCCACAGACUAGCUCAAUUCUGCACCCCUCCAAGCUUCCAAUUCCCAAGCUGAAAACAUCUCCAAAAGCUCAAAAAGCCUCAUCGAUAACCUUGUCGAGUAUCCUCUACAAGCUCAUCUUCUUCAUUGUUUUGAUAGCCAUCCUCCUUCAAUUCCCCUCCCAGGCGCCCGAGUUCAUUGGAGAAUCCAUCUUCACCAGAGUCUGGGAGCUUCUUCAUCUCCUCUUCGUAGGGAUCGCAGUGUCCUACGGCAUUUUCAGCCAGCGCAACGCAGAUACGGGGAUGGAGAAGGAUUCACAGCAGAAGGAUGAGAGCCCCCGGUCUUUUGUUUCACAGAUGCUUCAAGUUUCGCCAGUCUUCGAAGACGAAGAUGAUAGUGGUGUGGUUGACAGCAAGCUGCAGACUUGGAACUCUCAGUUCUACAGAAAUGAACCAGAAACUCUGGUUGCCAAAGAAGCCGGCAUCAGCACUAAGCAUCAGUUGUUGCCCGUCCGGAGCAUAAAACAAAGGAACCAAGAGAUUACCGGACGAUUCAACCCAUCUAAUUACGAAUCCAAAGACCAGUUAUGGGAGCCAAGAACGGAUUCCGUCGUCCUUCCCUCUCCAAUCCCCUGGAGCUCGCGAUCAGAGUCGACGGCGAAUAAGGUCGAACAGGUGGUCGGCAGCAAAUCUACUACUACCCUUCCACCGCAUCGUCCAUCCUCCACUUCGCCUUCCCCAAAGCGGCUUUCUCCCUCGCCGUCUCUCUCAUCGGACGCAGCGACGCCAAAGAGCAUCUACAGCGACAACAACAAAGCCAGUCCCCCACCAGCGCCGCCACCGCCGCCUCCAUUCCCCCCGAAGAGAAAGGACCCAGCAAAAACAUCCAAGGACGAAUCGAAGGACUCGAGGCGGAAGGGUUUGGGCAUCGUCAACGACACAGUUACCGAUCUUCCCUCACUCAAACCAAGCAACUCCCAGGAGGGUCCUUCGACCGGGAGGUCAGUGAGAACAUUUAAGCCCAAGCAAUCCCAUGGCACCGCCAUGGAAGGGGCGGCAUUGGCAAGAGCAAGCGACGAGCAGCGCGACGGCGGAGACGAAGAAGAGGCACCCAACUCUGGAUCAGGAUCGGAAGAGAACGAGGUAGAUAAGAAGGCGGCUGAAUUCAUAGCCAGAUUCAGAGAGCAGAUCAGGCUCCAGAGGAUCGAGUCGAUCAAGAGAUCCACAAAGCCGCGCAGUAACAGGAAUCGUAACUAGCUCUUCGAUACGAUCGCGUGCUGUUCAUCGAAUCAUUCUUGCUGAACAGAUUUCAUCCUUCAUCAUGUUGUACUUCCUUUUUCUUGUUUCAAAGCAUUGAAUUAUCUUGCAAGAAUGAAAGGAAUCGAAUUUAGAGACUUGAAACAAUGAGAUCACAUUUGAGAUUCCUAAUUAGAUUGUGCAAGGAACAAUAAUGGAGAACUGGAUCAAGCAA